UUGAAAAGAGGACUAGAGUCCUUCUGCAAAAGCCGAGAUGGCAGUGAGGAUUGCGGUUUUGCCUUCUCCUAUAUGCCUUUACGACGAUCCCGUUCAAGUUAAAGUAGAGGGUCUCUCUGCACUGCAGGCUGUCACUCUCCGGGCCUCGUUGGAGGAUGAAACCGCAGAGCUCUUCCAGUCUUUUGCUUACUACAGAGCCGACCGCAAGGGAGAGCUGGACCUCACGGACGCCGCAUCCCUGGGUGGGAGCUAUUCUGGAGUGGAGCCUAUGGGACUGCUCUGGUCUCUGGAAGCCAAGACCCCCUUCAGGCGGCUGGCGAAGAGGAACGUGCUCACCCCUUUUUACGUCACUUACGAAGUGUACGAGGGCCACGGGGUCAGCGGCCAGCUCCUGGGCCGCUGCAUCAGUGAGAGGUGGUUCCUGGCCGAAGGGGUGGAAAGGAUCCCGGUGCGAGAAGGCCGUCUCAAAGCCACGCUCUUUCUGCCCGCGGGCCCUGGACCAUUCCCAGGACUUAUCGACUUAUAUGGAACUGGAGGAGGUCUUGUGGAGCACAGAGCAAGCCUUCUGGCAAGCAGAGGUUUUGCUACACUGGCCCUUGCAUACUUGGCCUUUGAGGAUUUCCCAGCUUUCCCAGAAUUCCUUGAACUGGAUUAUUUCGGUGAGGCAGUAGAGUUUUUGCAGAAACAACAGCAGGUUAACGCUUUGGCAAUUGGAGUUCUGGGGAUCUCUAAAGGGGCUGAUAUGGCCCUAGCUCUUGCGACAUUUUGGCCAGGCAUCAAAGCAGCUGUCAGCAUUUCUGGCACUGGUUUCAAUACUUUUUCCCCCCUGAAGGUGAAGGGGCUUACAAUCCCUGCCCUUUCAUAUAACCUGGAGAAGAUGAAGGCUGUUGGUGAUGCUGUGGAUUUCUCUGAAAUCCUGGAUGAUCCUAGGGACCCAGCUGCCUUGGAGUGCCGCAUCCCGGUAGAGAAAUCCUCAUCCAAAUUUCUUUUCCUGUCUGGGCAGGAUGACAGGAACUGGCAAAGUGAGGCCUACUGCCAGGAAGCUGUUCAGCGCCUUCAGCAAAAUGGACAUCAUGUGGAGUUCUACUGCUAUUCCGGGGCGGGGCAUCUCUUGGAACCACCCUAUCUGCCUUUGUGUUAUGCAUCUAUCAACAAGCCAUUUUGGGUCACUAUGCUCUGGGGAGGAAAAUGGAGGGAACAUGCAAAAGCACAGGAAGAUGCCUGGCAAAGACUACAGAACUUUUUCAGACAACAUUUGCAGGACUGUAGCAUCAAGAGUCACUUAUAGACAGGGGCUUUCAUGUGUUUGUGAAGACACAAGUUACGAAUGUGAAAACACAGCAUUUCUCUUGGGUACUCUCUAAUGCUUACAGCUAACCAGCCAAAUUUGGCAAGUUUAGCUGUAACCUCAGGGCACCUACUUUCUAGGAGGUUCUUCAGUAAUUGCGUCGUUUGACUAGUUGAGGAUAGACUAGUUGUAGAGAGUGGGAGAAUAUCACAAAAGUGGCUAUAUGCCCUGCAGUCAUAUAUAACAUGCAUUAAAGUUUCAAUUCUGUCAUUGCAACAGGGACAUAUACGAUCAGUUUUUUAAUUAAACCUCCCCUCUGUAACCGCUGAAGGUAGCACAUCCGAUCUCAUGAGGGUAAACGUUCUCCUUAACUCAUGAUUUUCUAAAUUAAAAAGAUAGGGCAUAGGCAUUACCUUAUACAGCGGUUCUAAGAGGGCUCGCCAUUUGCAUGAGCUAUUAAAAUC